UCAAACAAAGUUCCAUUCAUUCUGAUCGACGUUCUAAAUCCACGAUGCUUUUUCUGCAUUAUGUCGCAAUUGUGGCGGUUCCAGUCACUGUGUUUUUUAACCCCGGCGCGGCGGAAACCAGCAUGGCUAACUUCACUAACUGUACACUCGAUGAAUACCUUUGUGACGCGCGCAAGUGCACAGCACAGUUUAUCAUAAACCUUCAAAAUGACCCGGAAGGAAACUGUGGAGUCCAAUACAACAAAACCUUGGACUGUGUCAUCAUGUCAAACAAGCUAUGUGGACGGGUUUUUCCGAGCGACCCACUCAACAAGACAAUAGAUGAUUGGUUACGAGCGGGCAUCAAAGAGGAACAGAUGUGUAACGAGGCCUUUCUGGGUGAAUUUCUCGUUCCCAGGGAGCUGCGAGGUGACACAUUUUGCUCAAAUGCGUUCGUCAACUACACAGCAGCAUGUUUAAUAACUUUCUAUGAGAAAUUUCUGGCCGACAAAUCAGACCCGACUCUUUGCGAGGAACAUGCCAAAGCAAAAAAGUGCUGGAUGAAGGCCAUUACGUCUGAGUGCAAAUAUCCUUCGGAUUUCUCUGAGGCGAUUAAAUUUGAGUUAGGUGACUACAAUCCUUUCUGCGCCAACAACCGGGAUCCUGGGGCGACCGGAAAUGAUCGGUGACAUGGCGUGAGGGACAUAAAAAAUCCUUUCAAUAGAAAAGACGUCGUAAGUGCAACCACUGGCAUAAAAGUGAAUGCAUCGCUGGCUCUGCUUCUUCCUAUUGUCUCAUUUUUCUUCGUAUUAAAGGUUUAAAGAGUCAUGAAUUAAAGAAA